AUGGUGACGACUACCACUUUCUCCCGCCGUCUAAUUAGACGUCUCGAGGUCAACCGAGACGUGGAUACAGACGUGGAGAUUUACGUGAACAAAGACACACGCCCUCUGCCCCACUCACGACGCACUUAUGGACCUUGGGAAUUCGUCGGCCUUUGGAUGGUGACAGGGUCAUUCAACGUUGGAGGAUGGACCACGGGCUCUGCGUUGAUUUCCCUGGGACUCAACGUUUGGCAAGCUAUGCUGGCUAUCGUUAUAGCUCACACCUUUGCGGGGUUCAUUUGCAUAGCUGGAGGACACCCGGGUGCUAAAUGGCACAUCGGAUUUCCGCUGUGGAUGAAGCAAAACUGGGGCAUUUGGGGCUAUCUCUUUCCAAUGGCAAUCCGGGUGUUUCUUUCGUUCGUCUGGACCUCCACAAAUACCUGGUACGGAAGUCAAUGCCUCAAAGUCUUGCUCACUUGUAUCUGGCCUUCAUUCCUCAACCUAGAUCAGGAACUGGCAGGAGGUGCCAUGCAAGCUUGCGACUUGGUGUCGUUUGUCAUCUACAUCCUACUCUGUGCGCCUCUUGCCUGGUUCAGUCCUGAAAACUAUCGCAAGCCCUUCCUUUUUGCUUCCACCACGGUCGCCACCACGGUCUUUGCUCUGCUCAUAUGGUCCACCGUUCGAGCGGGAGGUGGCGGUGCUAUGCUCUCAGAUGUCAGCGGAGUGUCUGGCGUUGAGCCAGCCAAAGGUGGUGCUCUCGGCUGGGCCUUUGUCGCCGCAGUGACGGCCAACAUUGGUGGCAUUGCUACACACAUGUGGUCUCAGUCUGACUAUACACGCUACGCCCGCAAACCUGGGGAUCAGAUACUGGCUCAGCUUGUCAUGGUGCCUCUAGGAACGAUUGUCGUGGCAUGUAUCGGGAUUAUCUGCACCUCGUGCGCUGCGUCUCUAUAUCCCGACGAGGACGAGCUGUUGUGGCAGCCGUAUGCAUUCCUCAACGCAAUUCGCGAGCAUGAAGGCAAUCGAGGUGCCCGAGCCGGUGUUGCCUUUGCCAGUAUUGCUUUCAUGUUCUCUCAAUUUGGUAUGGUUGUUGCGUCAAACUUGGUUGUGGCUGGUAUCGACUUGGCUGCACUUCUGCCUCGCUGGUUCACGAUACGACGAGGUGGCUACGCAACGUUACUCUGUGCUUUUAUCAUGCAGCCUUGGUCACUCCUCAACAGUGCCACCAACUUUUUGACCGUUGUAGGAAGCUUCAACGUGUUCCUUGGUCCGCUAAUGGGCAUCAUGUUUGCCGAUUAUUUCCUCUUGCGAAAGCGAACGAUAAAGCUGACGGAUUUGUAUGGCAACUCUGCUCAGAGUAUCUACUGGUAUUCCAAAGGUUGGAACUGGCGCGCACCUGUUGCGUGGAUUCUCGGUGUGUGGUUUCUCCUGCCAGGACUGGCUCAGAGGGCCGUUGCACCUGGUGGCUUUUGGGGUGGAUGGACAAGGCUCUAUCAGAUUGCUUGGUUCGCUGGUUGCUUCGUGUCAGGGAUUUUGUACCUUGCCUUGGACUAUAUGUGGCCUAUUGCCGACAAGCUCGCAGUCGAUGACCUGGACUACUUUGGUACUUUUGGAGAUCCUCCGGUCAUUGUCGAGGAUUUCCCCUCACCCUCCCUGUCGAUUCAUGGGGACGAGAAGCAUCCUGGGGUAGAAAAAGUGUAA